CUUGUCCGGAACGAUAACUGAAGGUCUGACUCGGACGAUUGCCCCUCUUUCAGGGCGCGAUAUAUAGCACUGGAGAGGCAGCUAGGGUUCAUCGUGCUCGUUCUACGCGCUCACUCUCCGCUAUGUCUCAGCCCAACUAUAAGGCCGCCGACCCGAUCCUCCUCACGCUCUUCGCCAACCGCUUCAUGAGCGUGGCGGAGGCGAUGGGCCGUUCGCUACAGCAAACAGCGAUCAGUACGAACAUCAAGGAGCGUCUGGACUUCUCUUGCGCGCUGUUUGCGCCUGACGGAGACCUGGUGGCGAACGCGCCGUUCAUUCCCAUUCACUUGGGUUCGAUGAGUUUUGCGGUACGCUACCAGAUGAAGCUGCACGGCAAGUCGCUCAAGCCCGGCGACGUGCUCAUGACGAACUCGCCUUGGGCGGGCGGCUCGCACCUGCCUGACAUCACCAUCAUCUCGCCCGUCUUCGACACCAAGACGAACGAAAUCAUCUUCUUCACCGCGUCGCGCGGGCAUCACGCCGACAUCGGCGGUAUCCUCCCCGGGUCAAUGCCGCCGACAUCUACGAACAUCUUCGAGGAGGGCGCACAGAUCGAGAGCUUCAAGGUUGUGGAUGGGGGAGUGUACAACCAUGACGAGCUCGUCGAGUACAUGGUCAACAAGCCGGCGCAGUACCCUGGGAGCUCGGGGUGCAGGAACAUCAAGGACGUCGAGAGCGAUCUGAAGGCCCAAAUCGCGGCCAACCACAAGGGCAUUCAACUCAUCCAAGCGAUCGUGGAUGACUAUGGGCUCGAGACCGUCCAGGAGUACAUGUUCCACAUCCGGUCCAACGCGGAGCAAUCCGUUAGAAACCUCCUCCGGGACGCCGCCAAGCGCGCAGGCACGAACGUGCUCGAGGCCAUCGACUACCUCGACGACGGUUCUCCGAUCAAACUGAAGGUGACGAUCGACGAGGCAGAGGGCUCCGCCGUGUGCGACUUCACGGGCACGGGCUGCGAGGUGCGCGGGAACCUGAACGCGCCGAUCAGCGUCGUGCACUCUGCAGUGAUAUACUGCAUGCGCGCGAUGCUCGACAUGGACAUCCCGCUCAACGCGGGCUGUCUCGUCCCGAUUACGGUCGUUAUCCCCGAGGGCAGCCUCCUCAGCCCGAGCAGGACCGCAGCUGUUUGUGGUGGGAACGUGCUCACGAGCCAGCGCAUGGUCGAUGUGGUGUUGAAGGCGUUCAGGGCGUGUGCGGCGAGCCAGGGAUGUACCAACAACUUGACGUUUGGCGCGGGUGGCAAGGACAAGGACGGCAACAACAUCACUGGCUGGGGCUACUACGAGACCAUCGCAGGCGGUUCCGGCGCUGGCCCCGGUUGGCACGGCACGUCGGGCGUGCACACGCACAUCACGAACACGCGUAUUGGCGACGUCGAAAUCCUCGAGCGGCGCUACCCCGUGCUCGUGCACCAGUUUGGCCUGCGCCACGGCAGCGGCGGGAAGGGCAAGUGGCGCGGGGGCGACGGCGUCGUGCGCGAGAUCGAGUUCACGGAGGGUCUCCAGGUGUCCAUCCUCUCUGAGCGUCGCACGCGCCAGCCGUACGGUAUGGAAGGCGGCGAGCCCGGCGUGAUGGGCCGCAACACCUGGGUAAAGCAGGCGCGCAAAGAGGACGGCGACUUCCCUGAGGACAUCGGGGAUAGCAAGCCCGCGCCACUUCAGCCGCGCAAUAUUAACAUCGGCGGGAAGGCAACGGUCUGGAUGGGCAAGGGCGACCGGCUGCUGAUCGAGACGCCUGGCGCAGGUGCGUGGGGCGCUGUCGAGCACGGCGAAGGACCCGAGACGGACCAUAGCCAUGUCAAGGCGUGGGCGCCGAGGGGGAGUUUGGCAGAGAGGGAGGCGGCGCAGGCUGGAUUCUGAGAGGAAGUCACAACUGGGUUGUAGCAAUAGGUCGCUUGGCAGAUAAGUAACAAACCCGUCAUGUAGCGCUGAUAUAUGUAUCCUGUAGUGCUUGGGUACCACGCUCGUUCUGAUUC